AUGUAUUCCUGUAUUCCUCAACACAUUUCUCUCCAUUUCCACUUCUCAACAACUUCCCCAAAUUCUAAGAUAUUCGCUUCGCGCGAUUUAAGAAUUCGCGCUGUAACAUCUACAGAGAAUCAGGCCUCUCGAUACAUUCCCGCAGCUCCGAUUUUCCUUCCGGAAGGACCUUGGAAGCAGAUUCCCGGCGGAGUUACUGCUGCGGAGGGGUUCAAAGCUGCGGGAAUAUAUGGAGGAUUGCGUGCCGCAGGAGAAAAGCCUGAUCUGGCACUCGUCACGUGCGAUGUUGAUGCCAUAUCUGCAGGGUCAUUCACAACUAAUGUGGUUGCUGCUGCUCCGGUAUUAUACUGCAAAAGGACGCUGGACGUUUCAAACACUGCACGUGCUGUGUUAACUAAUGCAGGUCAAGCAAAUGCCGCUACGGGUGAAGCAGGUUACCGUGAUACAAUAGAAUGCGUUGAAAGCCUUGCAAAGCUACUGGGACUGAAGCCCGAAGAAAUAUUAGUUGAAUCCACUGGUGUAAUUGGUGAAAGAAUAAAGAAGGGGGCACUUUUAAAUUCACUUCCCUUACUAGUGAAUUCACUAACUUCUUCAGAUGAGGGGGCAGAUUCUGCAGCAGUGGCAAUGACCACAACAGAUCUUGUUAGCAAGAGUGUGGCAAUCGAGUCUUUGGUUGGAAGAACUAAGGUCAGAGUUGGGGGAAUGGCAAAAGGUUCUGGAAUGAUCCACCCAAAUAUGGCUACCAUGCUUGGGGUAGUAACAACUGAUGCCGGGGUAACUAGUGAUGUUUGGAGAAAGAUGGUCCGGAUUGCUGUUAAUCGAAGCUUCAAUCAGAUAACUGUAGAUGGAGAUACAAGUACUAAUGAUACUGUUAUUGCUUUGGCUAGUGGGUUGUCUGGGCUAAGCCACAUUUCUUCUCUAGAAAGUGAUGAGGCAAUUCAACUUCAGGCAUGCCUAGACGCGGUAAUGCAAGGUCUUGCCAAAUCUAUAGCUUGGGAUGGAGAGGGAGCAACAUGCCUCAUUGAGGUCAUUGUGACUGGUGCAAAUAGUGAGGCUGAAGCUGCAAAAGUUGCCCGUUCAGUUGCAUCAUCUUCACUUGUAAAGGCUGCUAUAUAUGGUAGGGACCCCAAUUGGGGACGUAUUGCCGCAGCAGCUGGUUACUCGGGUGUUUCUUUCAACCAAAACGUACUUAGGGUGGAACUGGGGGAUAUUUUACUAAUGGAUGGUGGGGAGCCAAAAUCAUUUGACAGGGGAGCGGCUAGUAGUUAUAUGAGAAAGGCUGGGGAGACUCACGGUACAGUCCGAAUUCAGAUAUCUGUUGGCAAUGGACCAGGACAUGGACAAGCAUGGGGCUGUGAUUUAAGCUACGAUUAUGUCAAAAUUAAUGCCGAGUACACAUCAUAG